AUGAUUCACUACCAUGAGCGCAAAGGAGAGGGAUCUUGGAACGUCGCCUGGGACGCUCGCCCGGCUCACUGGCUCUACCAUCCCGAUUCGGCUUGGCUGCUGUUUGGCGUCUGUGCCUGUAUUGCACCUCUUGAUUGGGUGGAUGCAAGUCAUGAGGUUGUAUCCUUAGAUCAGAAGAAGGAAGUGUGUGAAUCGAGCGACUCUGAAUUUAAUCAAAACGAUGAGAGCUCUACUGAUUACAGGGUGACAGAUAUUGUGGAAAAUUUGCGUGUGCUAGCAGAUGGUCGGUGCCUGUUUAGGGCAAUCGCUCAUGGAGCUUGUUUGAGAAGUGGGGAAGAAGCUCCUGAUGAUGAUCGUCAAAGAGAGCUCGCUGAUGAAUUAAGGGCUAAGGUCGUGGAUGAGCUUUUAAAGAGGCGGAAGGAAACAGUAAGUUUUUCUGAUGCACAUUAUACGGAUUUAAUAUAUUUGGUUGGAUUAAAAAAUGAGUGGUAUAUUGAAGGAGAUUUUGAUGUGUAUGUGAUGAGAAUUCAGCAACCUUUCGUGUGGGGUGGAGAACCUGAGUUACUUAUGGUAUCUCACGUUCUGAAGCAAGUUUUUAUUUAUAUUGCUAGCCACUAUUUUGUCUCAUGA